ACUAAAAUCUAAUUCUUUUCCAACUUUUAUUUAUUUUCUAUUAAAUUUUCUCCCCUGCUAUAUUUGUAUAAGUAUAGAAGAAGAGAUCAAGAGAGUCAAGAGAAGAGAAUCCUACCACAGAGUUUCAACAGUUGGUUUAAGUUACAAGUCUAACAAAGUCUCUUCACACAUACACACGUCUCUCCCAAGUCCCAACAACCAAUCAUCUCCAUCAGCUCAGCCUAAUUUCUCGUUUCCGUUGGUUUUCUUGAAAACUCUCUUCUCUAUUUCUCAAUAUCUUCAAACUAGCCGGUUCAAGAAACUUCAGGAAGAUGUCUUCCAUGUUGGGUUGUUCUGGUGGCACCGUAGCGAUCGCAACCGCCAUGGUUUUCUCGAGCACUGCUCUGUUUCUCGCGAUGGCUCGACAGUUCCAUGGGAAGAUUCAUGAUCAAACUCCACCACCGAUACUCCGUUCAUGUCUAUCUUCAGAGGAAACGAAGAAACAGAGGAAGAAGAAGAGAGUUCGCUUCGCGGGGAAUGUGAAAGAUACGAAAGGGAACGGGAAAGAGUACCGGAAGAGGGAAUUGAGCAGGAGAACCGUACCGGAGCCAGUGACUAAACCGGGUAAGACCGGUUCAGUUUGUGGAAUAUCAACGAUGCCAGCGAACCGGAUGGCUCUGUAUCACGGGAUUCUCAGAGACCGAGAUCACAGAACUCAAUGUUCUUAUUGACUUUUCUUCUUGACCAAACAAGUCAAAAUAGAUUUUGGUUUGCAGAUUUUUCUGUAAUAUACUUUUUUUCUUGGUAAAUUCAGAAUAGUAGUAGGUGGCCUUCUUGCUCUUCUUUUUGAUUCAUAGUAGUAGUAGUUGGUCUUCUUGCUCUCUACUUUUCUAAUUGUUUGUUAUAAAAUCAAAGUGACGAUGUAAAUAAGUGUCAUGUAAUAUAUAGAUUUGAUUGUAAAACUUGUAUGUUUGCUAAA